AUGGAUUCUCAAACUAAAGAUAGCUUGAUUUCCAAAUUAGAAAACGCUUUUAUUGAAAAUGUCAAGGAUCCUGUUACGUUGAUUACAAUAAUAGAUCUUUAUGCCGCUCAGUUUAAUAAAGAAGGAUCUCGGGAAGACAUUGUAGAGUAUUUGACAGCUCUCUAUAAAUUAUUAAAAAGUAAUAGUGAUAGUAUAAAAGAGAUAGGUUGGGAUAUGCCUAAAAUAUUAUUAGAUUUUUUUACUCCAAAAAACGUAGACUUUGAUGUUAAACUAACUAAAAAUGAAAUCAUCACUAAUGUUAUUAAGUGUUUUAAUCUAAUUUCUCAGUUAGGUAACCCAAAGGAGUGUUUGUUAAUAGGAUGUAAUCUUUUAGCAUCCUUUUCUAUUGACACAAUCAACGGUGAAGAUGACAUAAGAAAGAGCCCAGACUCAUGCACUCCUGAUAAUGUGGAUUACACAAGGUUAUCUAUAAAGAAUGCUAACAAAACUGAAGUGAUAAAAUCAUUUGACCAACUGGACGAUAAACAAGUAAUUGGAGAUGGUAAAGCAUCAAAUAAACCAACAUCUGAUCAAUACGAGUAUAUUGCUAAAAAUAAGGUAGAAUUUAUUCCUAAUCUAAAAUUACAUCUUAUUUUUCAAUUACUCAAAGAAACUUUAAAUAGAAUUGAUACCUUGUACCCAUCAAAAUUUUUAGGUAUGGUUAUAUCUUCUAUUUUGAGUUACCUAAAGGCAAAUGUUAAGUUAAUAGAGGAUCCAUCCUUCCUUCUUCAUCGUGUCGGUGAAUUACUGGUUAAGUAUCAACCAAGCAUCGUGCCAUAUAAUGAAAGUCUUUCAAUUUCCAAAGAAGAUUAUAAUAAAUUAGUCCUUGAUGAAAAUGCUAUUGUUUUAAAGUUAGUACAAGAAUUUUUGUCUAUCAUAAUAAGCUUAAGCUAUAAGAAAAUUGAACCAAAUUUUGACAAAUUAUACUAUUAUUCUUUAAUGGGGAAAAAUGAGUAUAUUAAGAGUUUAAACAAUGAAAUGGAUAACAAUUUUAGACUUUUGUGUGCAGAGUAUCGCCUGUUAGCUGACAAAUAUCAGAUUAAUGUUGGAGAGGAAUUUCUUAAAUAUUUGUCUGAAGUAGAAAAAAUAUAUGAACCCUUUUUGAAUAACAUCACAGAAUCCAAAUCUGAAACAAAUCAAAUGUUAUACCUAUUAUCAUACACAUAUAAUUUAAAAAAAUCCUUGGAUAAUAAAACUUUGAAGCUUGAUUCACAGGGAGUUGUCAUGCUUUCUGCGUUUUAUUUUAUAAAUAAAGAGAAAGAUCUUAUAUCUGAUAUUAAUACUCAAUCACUUAUUUAUUUAUACUUGGCAUGUUCUACUGCAUCAAUACAGUCACCAGUAUAUGAUAAUAAGGGUUUAGAAAAUGUUUGUAGAUAUUGGUUGUGGGUUUGUUUAACCCAAAAAUCAAUUGAUUUAAUAAGAACCCAGUUUAAAGAGAUUCAUCCAAUCAUUAUUAAAACAUUUUUACAAAUGUUUUUAUUAAAGACCUAUUCUACUUUUAAUAAAGAAAUUCAAAAAAUUUCAUUAGCUUUAUUCACUAGAAUAUUAUGCUUAAUUCCUGAGAAUAUAUGUUAUGAUUUUAUCUUUGAUACUUUAUUAACAUGUCCUUAUAGAAGUGUGAAGGUCACUAUUUUGAAGAUUUUGAAGGAUUUAAUGACAAAAAGUUCUACAACAAUUAUCACAUUGGCAGAAAAAUCUCUUGUAUCUCCUGUUACAGAUGGUAUUCAAAAUAUAAGUAUUUCUAACACCUCUGAACCACCAAAGCUGCCUCCUAGGCCAUAUAUACCUAUUACAGAUGAUAGAAUGGCGUCAAUUCAUAGUUUGGCAAUGAUGGCAAUAGAAAACACUACUUCAGAACUUAACUUUAAGAAGAGAGAUGACAUAUUAUUGACAUUAAGUUACAUGAAUUUUUUUGUCGGAUUGCGAGAUAAAUGGAAUAGAGAUCUACUACACGUUAUAAAUAAAGAGAUUGACGAUAGAAUUACCAAAAAAAUUUCAUCUAUAAAGAAAGAUGAUAAAGUUCCAGAAUUACAAUUUAUAACACUUGCCAAUGAUACAUUAGGUAGAUUCUUAAAUAAUCAGACAACAUGA